CAGAGAAGAAGAAGAAGUGCGAUGAAUUUGUUACCUAUGUUUGUUACACAUUUCCUGCUUGCAGUACAACCUGCUUUACCAAAACAGAGCUUGUCCGUGGGAUUAUGUGUAGUAGGCAGGGUAUUCACCACGUUACUGUUGUUUUUAAUAACACGAAGAACUGCUUUCUUCACCUCCCAUCGACGCUGAUUUCACAUCUAUGUUUGAACGAGAAUCAAGCUCUAGAGUUGUCCUGGGGUCAUGGAUGCCCUGUAUUCCUCAGCUGGACUCAAAACAGAACCUCCUCAAACCUGGACAGCCAUAAAGUAGAGCUGUGUAGACAACUGGGAGAGACGCUGGGCCUGAAAGAUGGAGAGCAGGGAUUCCUGAAACCGUGUCACCAGGUCUCAUCAGUGCAUCAAGUAUUUGUGGAGCCUGUGUCAUCAGAUGACUGGGAGAUCUUGGAGCUCCACAGUGCUGCACUGGAGCAGCAGCUGUUGGAUCAGAUAAGAGUGGUUUUCCAAGAUGCUGUGUUCCCUGUGUGGGUGGAUAGCCACACAGCCAUCUACAUUCGAAUAGGAUUGCUUUCUCCAUCUGUCCCCUACGGUCGCCUGGAGCAGUUCACUGAACUUGUUGUUUCUCCCAAGAGACGAGGCGGAACAGACGGCCUCAAUGGUUCUCCAGUGAAUGUUCAACAGAGUCAGCAUUUUACAGAUCAUUGCACCCCUGCAGGGCCGUCUUUAGCAAGUAUCUCUGCUGUCCCUCAGAGCAGCCAGUGGGGUGGCAUUGCAGACAUGAAGGGCCUGCUGCAGUACAUGAUAAAGAGAAGUAAUGACCCGAUGAAAGAGCUACCACCUGUACCAGAGGUCCCUGCACUGUUCAAAGACUCUGUCUACCGAGUGUGCGGCUCACCUCCUGACUCUCUUUGCACUAUAAAUCAGGUAGCAACAGGUGUCAUUCAUUUAUUUUCUUGGAGCCAGUGCUUGGAUGCCAGGCUGACAGGAGGCCAGUGUCCUGUUACCUAUAGUCUCAUCUCCAAAGUUCCCUCCCCGAAAGAAUCAAGGGACAGAGCCAAGCAGGCCAUGGAGAAGAAGAAAAAUGUACUUGUUACUAAAGUUGCCGUGGAUGGAGGAGAGAAUAAGAAAGACGAGGAAGCCUUGGUUGUCAGGGUGGUUUGCCAUGAUGUUGAGAAGCUAACAGGCAAAGAAAUGAACCCCACUGAGGGAGAGAUCCAUAGGGGAAGAGUAUGGAUCCCACCUGCCCUGGCGAUAAAGUUGAACAUCAUCCCACAUUCAACUGUAAGAAUAAAGCCGGUCAAAUCAACCAUCAAAGUAGCCUCCUCUGUCCGCCUGAAGCCCCUCAACCCUCAGCCUGAGGAGGAUGAUGAGGACAUCCGGACGGCUUUCCUUGGUUGGCUGCACACUCAGAGUCAUGAACCUUUAGCCUGCGUGAGUGCACGGUCUGGCAGCAUCGUCCUACAUGGAACUGAUGCAAAGUUGGAGUUUGCAUUAAAUGUACUGAAACCAGAACCAGAGAAUGACCCUCCAGACCAGCUGUUUCUGCUAGCACCUGCUGUUCUCCAAAAGCAAGAUAUACAGGUUGACCGAGAGCAAGUGACUGUGAGAUCUACAGCUGGAGCACCCAUACCAGAGCUUCCCUUCCUCUGCAGUCUUGGUGGGAUUGAUGAGCUCAGCGGAGCUGGAUUUGAGUUUAUCUCCCACAGCCUUCUGAGUAGUCCUCUAGCAAGGGAGCUUGGUACCACUGGAAGGGGACUCAAAGGAGGGGCUCUGCUUAUAACUGGUGCUAAGGGAAGUGGAAAGAGUGCCUUGUCCAGAGCCCUCUGUGGUAAAGCCAGAGCAGAUCUGGAUGCACACGUGGAGGUGGUGGACUGCAAAAAAUUUCAAGGAAAAAGGGCAGAAACAGUGAGACAGAUGCUGCAGGAUGUUUUCGAACAGGCAGAGUGGAGGCAACCUGCAGUCGUUCUACUUGAUGACCUGGAUCACAUGACUGGGGCACCAACUUCACCAGAACAUGAGCAUGGUCCUGAGGCAGUGCUGCAACUGCACAUAGCCCAAAGUCUGAAGGAUCUGGUGGAUGAUGCGGUGAUUCACUCCAGCCUGGUGUGUCUGAUUAUCACCAGCCAGAGUGAGCACUCCCUCCACCCCUCUCUGACAGAGGUCCAGGGGUCCCACUUCAUCCAAAGCUUCAUACACAUCCAGCCACCUGACCAGGUGCAAAGAGCAGAAAUCCUGCGCUGCCUCAUUACUGGGAAAAAAAAACUUUCUUGGGAGACUUUACACACUACAGACUUGGCAGCUGUUGCCAAAAAAACAGAAGGAUACACACCUCAAGACCUGGUCCUACUGUUGGAGCGGGCUGUCUUUGAAAGCACUGUGCAGAGAGAACCCAAUGACCAAGAUUUGCGUCUUACAAUGAGGGACUUUGCACAGGCUCAGAAAGGUUUCACACCUCCCUCGCUGUGGGGUGCAGACCUCCAUACCCCAAGUGGAAUGGGACUGGAGAGAGUGGGGGGACUGAAGGAGGUGCGAGAGCACCUAAUGGACACCAUCAUGCUGCCUGCUAAGUACCCCAACCUGUUCUCCAAACUUCCUAUUCGUCAUUGCUCGGGAAUAUUGCUGUACGGAGCUCCUGGUACAGGGAAGACCCUGCUGGCGAGAGCUGUAGCCAAAGACAGCGGCAUGAACUUCAUCAGCAUCAAGGGACCUGAACUUUUGAGUAAAUACAUCGGAGCCAGUGAGCAGGGAGUUCGUGAUGUCUUCCAGAGGGCCCAAGCUGCCAAGCCGUGUAUCCUGUUCUUUGAUGAGUUUGACUCCCUUGCUCCCAAGAGGGGCCACGACAACACAGGUGUAACUGACCGAGUGGUCAACCAGCUCCUCACCCAGCUGGACGGAGUGGAGGGACUGCAGGGUGUGUAUGUGCUGGCAGCAACCAGCCGCCCAGAUCUGAUUGAUCCAGCCCUCCUGAGACCUGGACGACUGGACAAGUCCCUCUACUGCCCCCCUCCUGACCUGGAAGCCCGUGUGGAGAUCCUGAAGGCUCUGAGUGUUGGUAUCAGUUUGGCAGCUGAUAUAGAUCUACAGGUGCUGGCAGAGGCGACUAAGCUGUUCACUGGGGCAGACCUGAAGGCUUUGCUCUACAACGCCCAGCUAGAGGCCGUCCACAACAACUCAGCCUCCAACAGUCAGCAUGAACUGACCUGUGGUUCAGAAAGCGACAUGAGCCUGUCCUCCAUGAAUUUCCCAAACAACAGCACCAGCUCAGAUGAGUCAGUUGGGGAGGGGGACCCAGUUAUGGCUCUGGACCCCCCCAUGGUUCAAGAGUCCAGUGAAUUUCCAACAGAAGCCAGCAGGGUUUGGAGACUCUACUAUGGAAGCUCCUACGAAUCCGAGUCAAGAAAUUCACCAGUUUCAGGACUGAAUUGUCAUUGCGUUUCUGGACAAAACUCCAUGACGCAUGACUGUACUAGACCAGGUGCUCGUGACCCUGGUGGCUCUGUCACACCUGCCUUCAUGUCCUCCCUCCAGAGUGGGUUUGAAGAGCUUGGUGUUGAGCAGCUGGAGCGCUUGCAAGAAGACAUAAAAAACAUAAAAAACAACUCCAGGCGAACCAAUGAGCGUGUCAGGGUGCCUACAGCCUCCAGCCAGCCUGGCCUGAUGCUGUGUCAGGCUCAUGUGAACUCUGCCCUGGCUGUGACCAGACCAUCUCUCAGAGAAGAUGACUGGAAGAGAUACACAGAACUGAAUGAAACCUUUGGCGGUGUAGGAGACAGAAGAUCUCCUCGCUCUGUCCCAUUUCCACCUGGACAACGUGUGACUCUGGCUUAAUCAGACAGUUUAGUUUCAAUUAACUAAUUUGUGAUUGUGAAGUCACUCAUUAAUAGCUAUUAUGCAAUUAUUCAGCAUCAUUGAGUUAAGCAAUUUAGAUCUUUAAAAGCAGUUUGAAUUCAACUUUUGUUCAGAUGUUUUGUACUGACAACUUCCAGUUAGAUCUGUAUGUGCUUAAAAUGUAAUUACUGUUCAUAUGUAUAAUCUAUAUAAAUAUCAUAAUUGAUCUAAUUAUAAAAUAAAUAUUUC